AUGGCCAAGGCGCAGGAAACGACGAACUUCGCGUUCAGACCACCUUCCUCCAUGUUGAUCGGACCGUCGGAUUGUCACUCACUACCCAUGGCAAGCGGCGCCUUCCGAUGGAUCAAGCUCACGGUCGAUAUCGAAGAUGUUGCGCUGGACGCGGGGCUUUAA